ACGCCUCCCGGAAGUGAAUGCGCAGCGAGCGGCGGGUGAAGCCGGUGUCGGAGCGGGAAACGCAGUGUCGCCGCCGCCCGCGGUGGGCACCGCGCCCCGAGCGCCUUGUGUUUCCGUUCCUCACCUCCGUUGUUCCGACCGUCCUCGUCUCUCGCUGGGUCGCCAUGGAAGCGCCGCCUGCGGCCGGCGUUCCCACCGAGGGUGCCCCGGCGGCCGGGGCAGAGGUGCGCUGCCCGGGCCCCACGCCGCUGCGCCUGCUCGAGUGGAAGGUGGCGGCGGGCGCGACCGUGCGUAUCGGCUCGGUGCUGGCAGUAUGCGAGGCCGCUGCCUCCGCGCAGCCCGCCGGGUCCGCUCCGACUCGCACCGCCUCUGGGGGCUGCGUCCGCGCCGCGCGGGCCGAGCGCAGGCUCAGGUCGGAGCGCGCCGGCGUGGUCCGUGAACUGUGUGUGCAGCCAGGCCAGGUGGUGGCCCCUGGAGCCCUUCUAGUGAGAUUGGAAGGAUGCAGCCAUCCUGUUGUCAUGAAGGGCCUGUGUGCCGAGUGUGGCCAGGACCUGACCCAGUUGCAGAGUAAAAACGGAAAGCAGCAGGUACCACUUUGCACAGCAACUGUCUCCAUGGUCCACAGUGUGCCGGAGUUGAUGGUGAGCUCUGAGCAAGCUGAAAAACUAGGAAGAGAAGACCAACAGCGACUCCAUCGGAACAGAAAGCUGGUUCUCAUGGUUGAUUUGGACCAGACCCUGAUUCACACGACUGAGCAGCACUGUCCCCAAAUGUCCAACAAAGGCAUCUUUCAUUUCCAGCUGGGCCGGGGUGAACCGAUGCUACACACCCGCCUGAGGCCUCACUGCAAGGACUUCUUGGAGAAAAUCGCCAAGCUGUAUGAGCUGCAUGUUUUCACAUUUGGCAGCCGUCUGUAUGCCCACACCAUCGCAGGCUUUUUGGACCCUGAGAAGAAGCUUUUUUCUCAUCGAAUAUUGUCUAGAGAUGAAUGUAUUGACCCGUUUUCUAAAACAGGAAACCUUAGGAAUCUCUUUCCCUGUGGAGACCAGAUGGUCUGCAUCAUCGACGACCGAGAGGACGUGUGGAAGUUCGCCCCGAACCUCAUAACCGUGAAGAAGUAUGUCUACUUCCCAGGCACAGGUGACGUGAACGCACCCCCUGGGUCCCGGGAACCUCACACACGGAAAAAAGUAAAUCAUUCUUCUAAAGGAGCCGACAUCUUGGAACAAGCUCUGUCAGUGAGGGAUCCUGAGGAAGGCAGGCCUGCUCCUGGGGUGGAGCAAAGCAAUGGCCUUGGGAAGGCCUCCCGGGACCUCAAUGGUGGCGAGGCUGUGCCAGGAGCUUUUCCCAGUAGAACAGAUGAGAAGGAUGCCUGGUCCCUUAACCAGGCCUCUCCUGCCAGCAGCUCCAGUGGCCAUGAGCUGGCAGACGCCCCAGAGCUCCCUGUGUCUUGUGACUGGGAUAGUCGGACCACACCAGGGGUGCAGCCUCCUCAGGGAGACUCCACCCAGGAUUUGGAUUUUGACUUGUCCAGUGACAGUGAGAGCAGUGAGAGCAACAAGUCAGAGGGCCGGAAGUCCAUCUCCUCUGCUUCUGAUGGGGAGAAUGAGGAGAAAAGAGGCCACAGGAAGUUUCCAGCCACCCAGGACAGAGCAAAAGUUCCACAGGCCGGGCCACAUGACACAAGUGGGGGGAGACCUACAGCAAGCCCCGUGGGAGAGUCUGGACCAAGCAUCCACCCACAUGACAAAGUGUCAGCCCUGGACAUGCAGGAGGAAGGUGAACGGGACAGCCUCUGCGGCCUAGGCAAUGGCUGUGUGGACCGGAAGGAGGCUGAAACAGAGUCACAGAAUAGUGAGCAGUCAGGUGUCACUGCGGGUGAGUCCCUGGACCAGAGUGUAGGGGAAGAGGAAGAAGAGGACACGGAUGAUGAUGACCACUUGAUACACCUCGAAGAGAUCCUAGUUCGAGUACACACUGACUAUUACACGAAAUAUGACAGAUACCUCAACAAAGAGCUUGAGGAAGCUCCAGAUAUACGGAAGAUUGUGCCAGAGCUCAAGAGCAAGGUGCUGGCAGAUGUGGCUGUAAUAUUCAGUGGGCUGCACCCAACAAACUUCCCUGUGGAGAAGACUCGGGAACACUAUCAUGCCACGGCCCUGGGAGCCAAGGUCCUCACCCAGCUGGUGCUGAGCCCUGAUGCCCCAGACAGGGCCACCCACCUCAUUGCAGCACGGGCUGGCACAGAGAAGGUGCGCCAGGCACAAGAGUGCAAACAGCUACAUGUGGUCAGCCCUGAUUGGCUGUGGAGCUGCCUGGAGCGCUGGGACAAGGUAGAGGAGCGACUCUUCCCGCUCGUCGAUGACGAUGCCCGGGCACACAGGGGUAACAGCCCUGCAGCCUUCCCAGACAGACAGAAUGUGCUUCCAGCCACCUUGUUCCACCCAACACCCAUCCAUUCCAAGGCCCAUCCUGUUCCUGAGGUUCGGAUCUAUGAUUCCAACACAGGCAAGCUCAUCCGGAUGGGCACCCAGGGUCCUACACCAGCUCCCGCCAGUGCCCCACUUAUCCCUGGGGAGCCUUCCUCCUUCAGAGCUGUUCAGCCACAUCAGCAGCAAAUGUUUGGCGAAGAGCUGCCAGAAGCUCAAGAUGGAGAGCAGCCUGGCCCUGCUAGAAGAAAGCGACAGCCCAGUAUGUCAGAGACAAUGCCGCUGUACACUCUCUGUAAGGAGGACUUAGAGAGUAUGGACAAAGAGGUUGAUGACAUCCUUGGAGAAGGCAGCGACGACAGCGACAGUGAGAAGAAGAAGCCAGAAGACCAAGACAAUGAACCGGAGAGAGCUGCGAAGCCCAGGAAGCCCAGGGCGCCAGAGAUCCGAAGAGAGCAGCCUGUAGGCUUGUCCUCAUCUGCCGAGAGGAGCACCGCUGGCUCGCGUGGGCCCAGAGGCCACAAGAGAAAACUGAAUGAGGAAGAUGCUGCCAGUGAGUCCAGCGGGGAGUCCAGCAAUGACGAUGAGGAGGGCAGCAGCUCGGAAGCAGAUGAGAUGGCCGCUGCUCUGGAGGCGGAGCUGAAUGACCUCAUGUGACGUGGACCUGCCACCAUACCAGCCCUUGGCCUGGGUCCUUUUUCUCCAGAAAAGCGUAUAUUUUGCAGAGCUCCAUACAGAAACACAUUAUUUUACAGAAAUAAGUGUUUGUAAGAUGUUUUACUAUAGGAAAGUCUACUUUUUUAAGCGACAAAGUGUUACGAGGAGUUGGUGUGCUAUGCCAAAGAGCUCAGCAGGGCCUCUCUCGUGGCGAGAGUGGAUAUGUGAUGUCUGGUCAUGUGGUGAGGGACUAGGGCCGGCUUCCCUUUGAAUGCAACAACAUAUUUAGUUUGAGGACUGAGGGCUCAGUAAGAGGUAGAGAGCAGUAGAGCAGAAGCCUGGCAUCUUGGGCCCUUUUCACAGCUGAUGCUAUCAAAAAUUUGAAGGAUUUUUAAAUGAAAUAGCAAUGUACAUACAUGUAUACAGGACACCAAGACUCACAGGCAGGCCUGGGAGCCCCAGCCACCCUUCAAUCUUUCCAUGGGUCUGCAGAUGGCCUGGAGUUCCUGAUGCAGUCCUGUCUGCAGCCUGGGCUGCCUGGGCCAUAGCCUGCCAGUUUGGGCAGUGUGGUGAGAAAUGGUUUGUGCUGCCCUAAGGGAUCUGAUGUAAAUUUUUUGUAUAUUUCAUAUCCACCCACCAGAUUCUUCUUCCAUUUAAUAAAAUUCUUUUUGUAAGUUCUCUCCUCUGGUGCGUGACAGCCGUGCGCAGUCCUCUCUUCCGACU